UCUCGGUCACGUGGCCGGAAGCGAACCCGGAAGCGGCUGGGGCUGCGGUUUCCUUGGCUACACCGGAGAGAAGAAGGGGUGGCGGGAAGCAGCGGGAGCCAAGGGCCGGUCCCUUUUGCUGCGGCUGCUCCUCCUCCUCGGGAAAGGGAUGGGAGCGGGCUGGGCCUAGCGGGGCAGAGGCUGCCAUGAGCGCGGCGGCUGCGGGCCAGGGAAGGAGCGGAGGAGGGGGAGGAGGAAGAGCCCGCUUUCCCGGCUGGAAAGUGCUGGCCCUGGGCCUCCUCUCCGCCUCCUCGGUGCUGGCGGCCAUGAGCCGGGAAGAGAAGCGCCGCCUCGGGAAUCAAGUAAUAGAAAUGUUUGAUCAUGCCUAUAGUAAUUAUAUGGAACAUGCCUACCCAGCCGAUGAGCUCAUGCCUUUAACUUGCCGUGGAAGAGUUCGAGGUCAAGAACCAAGUCGUGGGGAUGUGGAUGAUGCCUUGGGAAAAUUUUCACUGACGCUGAUUGAUACUCUAGACACGCUUGUGGUGUUAAACAAAACCAAAGAGUUUGAAGAAGCUGUUAAAAAGGUGAUCAGAGACGUUAAUUUAGACAAUGAUAUUGUAGUAUCAGUGUUUGAAACCAACAUCAGAGUCCUUGGAGGUCUUUUAGGUGGGCACUCGGUAGCAAUUAUGCUCAAAGAGAAAGGUGAAGCCAUGCAGUGGUACAGUGGGGAACUUCUGCACAUGGCAAAACAGCUGGGCUACAAGCUUCUGCCAGCUUUUAACACCACCAGUGGUCUCCCAUAUCCAAGAGUUAACUUAAAAUUUGGUGUAAGGAGUCCAGAGGCACGGACAGGAACAGAAACUGAUACCUGUACAGCUUGUGCAGGUACCUUGAUCUUAGAGUUUGCUGCUCUGAGCCGCUUCACAGGGGCAUCAAUAUUUGAGGAGUAUGCACGGAAGGCACUUGAUUUUCUUUGGGAGAAAAGGCAACGCAGCAGCAAUUUAGUGGGAGUCACUAUCAAUAUUCAUACGGGUGACUGGGUCCGUAAAGAUAGUGGAGUUGGAGCAGGAAUAGAUUCAUAUUAUGAAUAUUUAUUAAAGGCGUACGUCUUGCUUGGUGAUGACAGUUUUCUGGAAAGAUUUAACACUCAUUAUGAUGCCAUAAUGAGAUACAUUAGCCAGCCGCCUCUCCUGCUUGAUGUGCAUAUACACAAACCAAUGCUGAAUGCUCGGACGUGGAUGGAUUCGCUACUAGCAUUUUUUCCAGGUUUACAGGUAUUGAAAGGUGAUAUUAGACCAGCUAUAGAAACACAUGAAAUGCUGUAUCAAGUAAUAAAAAAGCAUAACUUCCUUCCAGAGGCUUUCACAACAGACUUUCGGGUUCAUUGGGCUCAACAUCCUCUACGGCCUGAAUUUGCAGAGAGCACAUAUUUCUUGUAUAAAGCUACUGGAGAUCCUUACUACCUAGAAGUAGGAAAAACUCUAAUUGAGAACUUAAAUAAAUAUGCACGUGUGCCUUGUGGAUUUGCUGCUAUGAAGGAUGUUCGUACUGGAAGCCAUGAAGACAGGAUGGAUUCUUUCUUCUUAGCUGAAAUGUUCAAAUAUUUAUAUCUGCUCUUUACUGAUAAGGAUGACCUGACUUUUGAUAUAGAAGACUAUAUAUUUACUACAGAGGCUCACUUACUACCUCUCUGGCUGUCUACUACAAACCAAACAGCACCUAGGAAAAAUAUUACAACAGAAUACACAGAGCUGGAUGAUAGUAACUUUGACUGGACAUGUCCCAACACACAAAUCCUAUUUCCAAAUGAUCCUAUGUAUGCACAGAGUAUCAGGGAGCCUCUGAAAAAUGUGGUGGACAAGAGUUGCCCCAGGGGAGUUUCCAGAGCGGAGGAGAAUUUGGGCAAUGGACCGAAGCCUCCACUGAGAGCCAGGGAUUUCAUGGCCAGUAAUCCUGAGCACUUAGAGAUACUGAAGAAAAUGGGAGUCAGCUUGAUUCAUCUCAAAGAUGGAAGAGUCCAGUUGGUGCAACAUGCUAUCCAAGCUGCAAGUUCUCUUGAUGCUGAAGAUGGUUUACGAUUCAUGCAAGAAAUGAUUGAGUUAUCCAGUCAACAACAAAAAGAGCAGCAACUACCUCCACGUGCAGUUCAAAUUGUUUCCCAUCCAUUUUUUGGCAGGGUAGUUUUGACCGCUGGGCCUGCACAGUUUGGAAUGGACCUGUCCAAACACAAAUCAGGGACAAGAGGAUUUGUUGCAGUCAGUAAACCAUAUAAUGGAUGCUCUGAGAUCACCAAUCCUGAAACCCUGAAGGAGAAAAUUGCAUUGAUGCAAAGAGGGCAGUGCAUGUUUGCUGAAAAGGCACGCAAUAUCCAAAAAGCAGGUGCCAUAGGUGGCAUUGUUAUUGAUGAUAAUGAAGGAAGUAGCAGUGACACAGCUCCCCUCUUCCAAAUGGCUGGAGAUGGCAAGAAUACCGAUGACAUCACUAUCCCCAUGCUGUUUCUGUUUAAUAAGGAAGGCAGCAUUAUUCUUGAUGCCAUCCAGGAAUAUGAAGCAGUAGAAGUGUUGCUUUCUGAUAAAGCAAAAGACAGAGCAACUAUAUUUAAAGAUAAAAUGAUUCCAAACUACAUUAUUGAUAGCAAUUUAGAAAUGGAAAGCAUGGAUCAGAAGUCAUCGGACAAUGACUCUCAUAAUCAGAGGUCAGAAGAAAUCUCAACAGAUUUGAACUUGAACCCUCAUGACCCUGAAGGUGAAAGUGGCUUGAAUUCACAUACAGAGUUAGGUAGCAAUAGUGUUUCACUUCCAAACCAGGAUUCGUGUAUUCCUAAACUACAAGAAACUAAUAGUGACAGUCAUAUGUCAGAACUGGAUAAUAAUCCUGAGGAACAAUCAAAGACUGAGACAGAUUCCAAUCCCAGUAAUAGCUGGGAUAAUAAAGGUCAGUCUGUGGAAUCAAUAUUGGCUGACUGGAAUGAAGACAUAGAAGCAUUUGAAAUGAUGGAGAAGGAUGAACUAUAAUUUCAAAUAAUGUGCACAUGGGACUACAAAAUGGUGAACUUCAUGGAGGAUAGUAAGGCCCUGAUAUCUGAAAAUUAAACAGAAUUGUUCAGUAUUGUGACAACUAGCCAGGUUUAUCAGCAAAACCCAGCAUGUGUUGUAAUUUGUUUUUGUUUGUUUUCCCUGUUUUUAAAAAUGGGAAAGUGCAAUUCACCCAUUUGCAGGGUUCCUUUGCAUGGUUCCGUAAUGCAGGAAGUUCAUUCAGGGAAGGAUUUGAAUUCUUCCUGUGUUCCAGAUUGCUGUGGGUUAGCUUGCCUUAGCCUUAGGAGGCAGAGAAUGAAUGCAGUGGGAUUAAUGCACCACUGAGUCUGUAUGGCUAGUUGGGGCAUGUUUUCUUGGCACAUGUUGAAGGCCCCAGGCCAGCUGUUGCAUCAAUGCUGUUUCAAGGGUCAAUACUUGUAUCCCAGAAGCCUUUAUGGAGACAUGAUAGAAGGUACUUCAAGCUGUUGUGCCUUUAUGAUGAGGGCAGAACAACAGGCGAACUGUGAUAUGUCCAGUGCCACUUAAUAAUAGAAAGUGUGCUGUACCUCCUUAUCACUUCUUCCAUUUAUUACUUUGAAGAAUGACCAAGAAAAGUUGGAUUUCUCCCUCUUACAUUCCUAGUUCAAAUCGAGAUAGUUUAUAAACCAAAGGCAAUGUAUUCUCUAAAAAGAUAAUUUUGAAACUUGAGUCUAGGUCAUGGGGCUGGGGGAGAACCUCUUUUUACACUCCCAUUAAUUUGAUUUUGAAAAUUCAUCAUUAAGUAGUAAACUAAAAAACUAAGCCAAAACUAGCAUCUUUGACAAUUUAUGGAAAAGGUACUACAGUAAUCAAUAUAGGGAUGGAACUUGUUUUGCUUUGCGUUUGUAUAAAAGCCUUAGAUUGGUACCAUCUCUAUUGCUGUACACAAAAUUUCUUGUUUUCCAUUUGGACAAAAAGGCCAGUCGCUUUAGCUAAAGAUAAUGUUCCUAGUGUAGUGUGAAGUCAAGGAAAGACUGGUAUCACAUGUAGAUUCUUUCUAAAUUGUAGUAGGAGUACUAGUUACGUAUGAGAGCAAUCAUGUUUUAUAAUGUCUUAAAUUUACAAUGAGGAUCCUUUUAAAAAACUCAAAAUGUAGAGGAAAAGCGGAUAAUACAGUUGUGUCUAACGCAAAGCUGCCAGACUUUAUUUAUAUUCCAUCUUAAAUUACUCACAUUUUUUAUAUUUUUUUGUUUCUGAUGAUUGUUUGCAUUUUGGAAAUUGCUUUUACACAGCAGCGUUGUGUGCUUUGCCUAGUUAGCCACUUUAUGUACAACUGAUUUUGAGGGGAGGAUUAGCGGGAUGUCUCUGACAGUGUGUAGUAGAAAGAAGGGACGCUUGUAUAGUGCAGGAAUAUUUGAGGAUGGGUCUUUGCAUCUCUCUAAAGGAUCCUUUUUCCCCCAGGCUUUUGGGAAAUGGCAGCAACCCUCGAAUGUAGCACUUUACUUUCCCCGUAGAAGUGAAUGAUAACCAUUGACUGUAUCUGGCACAAGUAGGACAUAUAGGAUGAUAUGUAGGAUCCACCAGACCUGCUCUCUCUGUUGUAUCCCUGUUGAAGCAAUAGCUGAGGUGUGGAGCAAUGGUUGGGUUGCUCCUUGCUUCAUGCGCUCCUGAUUGUUUCUUGGUCCUAUUGUAUGGCACAAAUGAGUUCAAACGUGUGAAAAUGUACAGGCGUCAGUAUCUUCCUAAGACCAUGCUAGUCAGGUGGAAAGCCUGUUGUGCAAAAACUGAGCAGAAAACAGUGGUGAUGAAUCUUAGCAGACAAAUAAGUGUCCUUUCAACUUUUUUCACUUUUAUUUUAUUUGCACAUACUAUAAAUCUUACAGCCAGGGCUCUCAACUCUUUGUGGAGGUACCUUGAUUGAAUUAUGUUUAGUCUUAAGGCUCAGUUUGUAGAGGAUGCAAUAUUCCUUCAGGGAAUUUGGAUAAGGGUUUCUCUAAAGUGUCCUUUAGUAGCUUAGGCCCGGUGUGGAGGAGAAUGUGUGUUUCCAUGGCCCACAAAAGAGCUCCAGCAGUUUGGGGCCAAGCAUACAAAAUGCACUAAAUAGACAUUAGUCUUGUAAAAAAAGAAAGAAAGGCAAAUCAGUUCUGCAUGUCGAGUCCUAGUGCCACUAAAGCUUUUUUAUAUAUUAACUGUGAUGUAGCCUAACUUAACAACUUGUUAUUUUCUUUUGUCCUUGAGAAGAAAUUGCUCAUUUGGUGUUUUCUGGUAAAAGUGAUUCUCUAGACAUUAUAUCUUGAAAGGCAUUUUUGGCAGGAUUAUAGUGGCUUCAUACAGCAACCACUAAAUUUUCAUUUCUUCCUACGAAUAAUUUAUUAAGAGUUUGCACUACCUGCUACUACUUGUACAUAGUCCAUAAGAUGGAUUUUAGGUUGUCUGACACGAAGCAUGUGCAAGUGGUUUUGGGGUUUUGUUAUUGAUUUCAGGGAUUAUCGAAAGACUCCCUUGCCAUUAGAAAGGAGCAUCUGGAAGGUGGUAGUCUACCUCAGAUAUAGGUUGCCCUUUUUUAUAUCUUAGUUCUUCAUCACAGCCAUAAUCUUGUUUCACAAUAACGGAAGGUUUACAUGUUAUCAGAUUUGGAAACUGCUUUUAGGAAAGAGGUUACUUAAUUAUGAAUUGAUAUCUCCAUAUCACAACAGAAGCCCUUUUUGGACAAGCAUGUAUCUGUUAAGAGGAGUGUGUAAAUCUUAAGCCCUCACACCCUCCACCCCUGAGCAGAAAGUAAUCCAGGUGCUGGCACAAUAUUGGGUUCAUCUUGGAUCAAGGGCCUGCUUGUCUUGUACACCUCUUUCAACAUGGGUUUACUGAGAGCAGAUGCAUAGAGAUCCAGGGAUGAUCAUAAUACCCUACAGCCAGGACAGUAGAGGGGACAUUCUAUGAAUGCAUAGCAUACAUCCAGAUUUUUAAAGACUUUUUACCAGCCCAAUUUACAGCCAUAUAUUUUCUUAUGAUGUAAUUUAUGAAAAGUCUAAAGGGGUGCUGUUAACACUACUGUUGUUGGGUUUUAUUGUCUGGUGAUUUUAAGUGUGUAUAGUAUUCCUAAGGGCAACUGUGUACUGUGAUGUAAAAGUCUGAGCUCAAAAUGUACAUAAUCUUUGUAUAUAAAAUUGUGUACUUGAUUAUAAUUACUGAUUGUAAAGAUUUAAUAAAACCUGUAAAUAUCCUGGUCAAAAUAGAA